UAAAAAGAAUUGUAUUUUUUUUAAAUAUGGUUCACGAUAAAUGUUGUUUAUUAUUUUCAUACAAUAUAUAAUAAUAUGCGUUUUAAACGUGGAAGUGCGGUUGCCACGAGCGACAAACAAAAUUCGCUGUAUGAGCAUCACUCAUCGAAGAUAAAAAGGCAAGUGACUUAUUCGUUUUCGGUGGCCGUGCCAUCCCUUAAACGUCGACCAUGGAAACGAUCAAAGCCAGUCAGACGUGUUACUUGGAGAAGCACAGGAUAUACGAAAUGUUUAGGGUACGUACAUAAUACACAUAUACGGAUCAGGCGUGUGUUCAAUAAGACAUUUCAAAAACAACCUUUCAUUAAAACCAUUUAUUGAAGAUGUGUAGACGAACUUAUAAUAUCACAAUCAAAAACUCGUACUAACAUUUAUUAUGAUUUUUCAAUCAGUAAACAUUUUCACACGCAAUUUCGUUAGUUCAAAAAUUCUUCGUGUAUUUGUAAGUCGACAUGUCUUAUAAGUACAAAUGUACAAUUGUUUUUUAAAUAAUUUUUGAUCUCUCAUAGUCGGUUUAUUCAUUGAUCAUACUUGCUUACUUGUUUUUUUCCCAUGAAUAAUAUUUUUUUGGGCUGGAUACCCAAUGUAAUGUUUCUGACCGAUUUAUAGUAAGUUUUUCGUUGUCAUGGUUACUUUUUAACAGGAACAUACCCUCGUAGAGGAAAAAUAUGAGUAGAGUGAUAUGUGUUUUUUUUAUUUAAUAAUCGUUGUCGCUGUUUUUAACGGUUUAAAAUAGUCCUUCCCAUGCUAUAGUCCUAGACUAUUUAUAUACUAGCGUAUUAUAGGGUCAGACAAAUAACAUUUAUAUCAACGAAAUUUUUUUGUUCAUUUAUAGAACAUGGUCAAGGCUCUCGUCAUGACCCAACCCCCGGACCCUUUACAGUUCAUCGAGUGGUAUUUGAAAUGCCGGCGUCACGUGGACGUACCGAAAAUCCUGUUGGUAGCUCCUCCCGAUCACAGGUUGGAUACAGGUAUAUACCGCUUGUGAAAUAUUUUCCCUUACGGCUUACGCUCACUGAUCGUCCAUCGGGGAAGAGUCGGGGUAGAGCUUAUAUGCAGUUUAUUGUGAUCCGAAAUCUUGUGCAAACAUUAACUACCAUAUACUCACCGAUUUUGUUUAGACAAAGUGAAAGUUGCACUCAACAUAGCCAAAAGCACCGGAGUGGUAACCAUCGAUCGGCGGAACGUAUUGCGCAGACACCGGAAAAAUCGAACGAUGAUAACGGAUGUGAUUAUACGGAUUUUACGGAAGUGUUGAUAGAGUACAUGAGAGCGAAAGGGGCCUCCGUAAAAGGAUGGAUACUGUUAGGUAUCCCAAACAGUAAAAAAGAAGCAGACAUGAUGAUAAGUCUUGGUAUUCUACCGACACACACAAUCGUGCUGAACGAAACUGCAGCUUUAUGCGAUAAUCGGACAACAAUUAAUAAGUUCAAUCAGAAUUAUAAAAACCUAAAAUUUGAAAUCAAAAUGAAAUUUCGGUCCACCUUAAAAGAAAUCAAUGUGGAGGGUAAAUCUAUCGACGAGAUUACAGAAUUAUGUCUGGAUCAAAUAGUAUGCCAAAAACCGUCAGACGUUCCGUUUGUGCCUAGAGUGGCAAUUAUCAGUCCUUUAGGAUCGGGACGUUUCAUCAUCGCCAGUGCUCUAUCCCACAGAUUCAAUUUAGUCAACGUGGAUUUUGAUCAAAUGUUGGAACAAAAAGUUAUCACCAGUGACAGAAAAAUCGCAGAAGAAACGGCAUAUACGUGGUUAAAAGAAAAACUAACUGAAGAGGAUUGUAUGGAAAAUGGUUACAUUAUCAGAGGUUUUCCGCGUACAAGAGCCGAUUUCGAAUGGUUGGAUUCAACCGAAAUGGCUCCCAAUCGAGUAAUUUUUUGGGCUAUCAGUUUCCCGGAAUUAUACUGUCGUUUCAAGAAUAGGUGCUUGGUCAAAAACACCGGAACUAUUAUGACCCUAGACCGAGCGCUCGACGAGCUGAAAGCGGGUACGCUGAAAUUCGAACACUUGAGUCGGUAUCCUUUAAAUUCUGGAAAAUUUCUAUGCGAGUUCAAAACGUAUUGCGAACGUUUAAAAGAGAUGCUCUAUUAUUGCGGAGACACCUGUUCGAUCAUCCCUUUUGGAGAGUCAAUGUGUGACAAGAUGUCGACGUGCGUCGUAUCUGCGAGUCCUGCAGCGGCUGGCCCGAGGCCUCGCAACCACAUGCCGAGCCGGCUGACCACGAGGCUAGCCGAACGGAUGUUUCUGACCACGGAACACGAUAACGUCUGUCUCGAUGCCUGCUUGUCCGAGUCCGCUAGGGAUCUACUGAACUCCCUCGAUCGGGACGCAAAACAGCUGGACGACAAUAGCGGUUUCAACCAGACAGAUUAAAUCGCCUGCGCGAAAUAAUUAACGUUUUAAACCCACCCGAAUGUUACGAUAGGUACCUGUAAUAUGCAGCUCAGACGCAGGAAUAAUCGAUCGCCGAAGCCAGAUAUUAUUGUGUUUUUGUCGUUAUUUAAUUAUAAAAAAAUUAUACAGGCAUUUCAAUGUUGUAAUGUC